AUGGUCUGUAGAAAUACAAGCAAUCGUUUCCAGGGAGGAGGAGCAGGAGGAGGAGCACCAGGAGAGAACAAAGAGGACACCACACAAAAUGAGAAAAAGAAGAAAGGUGGAACUGCGAAAAUCACAUCAACGGCAAGAGGCAGCAAAGUUCCUGUUCUAUCACCAGAAGUUGAAAAAGUCGUCGAGAAAUUUGUCAAACAUGCGACAGAAUCAGGAAUCGAAGCACUACGUGCAGAAAGUCGAGAACUACUGGAUUUACGGCCGCCACCUGAUGCCUACAAAACCUUCUCCUCGAUGUCUGACCGUAAUCGAUUUCCGGAGAUUCAAUGCAUCGAUGAGACUCGUAUCAUUCUUGAACAGAAUGAACCCAAUAGCAAUACUUACAUCCAUGCCAACAGAGUCAAAUUGGACAAGCAUUUUCAAACGGGUGUGAUAAACAGAACUGAAUGUGCAUCAAUCGAGGUGCCAUUAAUUUUGCUGUUGCAGGCUGAUCGAACCUAUCUUCUAACCCAAGGACCUAAAGAGAAUUCAAUAGAAGAUUUUUGGCGCAUGAUAUUUCAGGAACAAUGUGCUGGCGUUAUAAUGUUGUGUAAUUAUUAUGAGGAUGGCAUGCAAAAAUGUGAAGAGUAUUUUCCGACCGAAGGCGGCGGCUACAAGUACUAUGGAAAGAUGUUUGUUAAUAACAAAAAAGUGGAUCAUCUCGACCAACAUGACAUCUACACACUCGAAAUUCUACCUGAUGGUUGUUCGAACUCGAUUCUUACUCGAUUAGCUCACUGUACAACGUGGCCCGACAAAGCCGUGCCAAGCAGCGGUCGGAUGGUUCUUCGUCUGUUAAAAUGGAUGCAAUCACUUGAUGCGUGCGCCGCUGUGGCAAUAGUGAGUGGUGCUGGUGUUGGGCGAGCAGGCACGUACAUCGCCAUAGAUCAGGUCUGCAACCGAUUAUUCAAAUUUGAGCACGGGGAGCAGAAUCGGGCCUUCGUUGACCAUCGCUCAUUUCCAAAGAGCUAUGUCCCUGAAGUGAAACAAGCACAUGCAGCCGCGUACGGUUGCGUUGCGGUAAAAGAAGUAGCGAUAGAAAUACGUAAACAACGUGCACAUGCCAUCUCGAAUGAAUUGCAAUACUUUUUCAUUUACUCAACAGUACUCGACUACAUACGGGCGAAAAUUCCGAAAUACCACAACGUC